GGUAAUCACAAUACAGAAUUUCGCAUUAUUCAAUGAUCUAGCCUGUAGCCCUUAGCCCUUCUUAUUACUCUCAUUGCCCAAUGUCCAAGCUACCUAGCUUAUCAACUAGGAUAUUCUUCUUACAUUAUUAAUUUAAUUCGUAGAAAAAGCUACCUAGCACUAAUUAUAUUCCACGCACUCUCUUUCUCUCUCUCUCUGUGCUGUGCACCCUUCUCUCUUUUUCAGCUCCUUCAUUCAGUUCAAUUAUAUUCUAACCUUUCCAAAUUCAUUCAUCAAAUAUAUAUAAUUUAUAAUAAUAAAUCUGAUCAGAAUAGCAGGGAUCCAUCCAUGCAGAGAUUCACAGCGCAAAGACACAAGAGACAGUUAGGGGGCCCCAUUACUACUGCCACUGCCAGCACCGUAUGGCGCCCUCUUCUAAACAAGGGUCCUGCUUAUACUUCUCUCCUUCUCCUCCUCCUCCUCCUUAUUCUCCUCACCGCUCUAUUUGUCUCUUCCUUCUGGUCCACGGCUUCUACUGGUGAGCCAGCAACUGUUGUUGCGAACCAAAGCGUAAUAGUAGUGCAGAGCAAAAUGAGAGAGAAGAAAACCAAGAAACGGUGGUUGAGGCUCAAUUGUAGCAGCACCACUGAGAAUAACCAUACAUGCUGGAGGAGAAGAAGGGUGGAGGAGGAGGAGGGGGUGGAAGAGAACAGUACGGUGUGCCCGGAGUAUUUGAGGUGGAUCCACGAGGACCUUGGUCCAUGGAAGAAGAAGAAGAUCAGGAAGNNNUACGUGUUGAGAUACAAGAAAUCGAUUCAGACACGCGAUGUAUUCACCAUUUGGGGUAUCCUUCAGCUUCUGAGGAGGUACCCUUCCAUGGUGCCAGACCUCGACCUAAUGUUCGACUGCGAUGACAGGCCCGUCAUCAGAGCCCGAGAUUACCGCGGGCCCAAUUCCAUAGGCCCACCACCUUUGUUUCGCUACUGCGGCGAUCGCUGGACGCAUGACAUUGUCUUCCCUGAUUGGUCCUUCUGGGGUUGGGCUGAGAUUAAUAUAAGGCCUUGGGAACAACUGCUGAAGGAGAUUAAAAUUGGCAAUGAAAUGAUUAAAUGGAUAGAUAGAGAACCAUAUGCAUAUUGGAAGGGAAACCCUUUUGUUGCUGAAAUCAGGCAAGAUCUCCUCAAAUGUAAUGUUUCAGACACGCAGGAUUGGAAUGCACGUUUAUUUGUUCAGGAUUGGAUUAAGGAGUCACAGCAAGGAUUCAAUCAGUCAAACUUGGCAAGUCAAUGCACACAUAGAUAUAAGAUCUACAUUGAAGGGUAUGCAUGGUCAGUGAGUGAGAAGAACAUCCUAGCAUGUGAUUCAGUUACACUGAUGGUGAAGCCUCGUUUCUAUGAUUUCUUCAUAAGAAGCCUGCAACCAACACAACAUUACUGGCCUAUUAGGGACGAUGACAAGUGCAAAUCCAUCAAGUUUGCUGUUCAUUGGGGAAAUAAUCAUAAACAAAAAGCACAGGAUAUUGGUAAAGCAGCGAGUAAGUUUGUUCAAGAAGAACUGAAGAUGGAGUACGUGUAUGACUACAUGUUCCAUCUUCUAAAUGAAUAUUCGAAGCUGUUAAACUAUGAGCCAGAAGUGCCUGAAGGAGCAGUGGAGGUGUGUGCUGAGGCCAUGGCAUGCACAAGAAGUGGGUUGGAGAAGAAGUUUAUGAUUGAAUCAAUGGUGAAUGAGCCUUCAACAAAAGCACCUUGUACGUUACCACCUCCAUUUGAGCCCACAUCUCUCAGAGUCUUUUAUGGUACCAAACUCAAUUUAAUCAAGCGUGUUGAGAGGUGGGAAGAUAACUACUGGAAUAAUAGCACUCAGACUCAACAAGGAAACACUAUAACAUCUCAAGUGAUUAAAUCUCAAUAAAUAAUAAUUAAACAGGUACAAAUCAUUAGCACAAGAUAAAUUAAGAAUAGCUACGAGCUAGUCAUCCUUUAAAUGUUACUUGAAAAGUGAAAUUCAAAUUACAAAAUUUGUAAUGUAUAUGCAGCAGAAAGAGAAAGAAAGAAAAAAAAAGAUACAGAAUCUGUAAAGCCAUAAAUUCGCAAUUAUAGAAGACAAAUCAAUUUCGUUUUUCUUUUAAGGCUACUUUUGUACUUAUACAGGCGAAUGUAUUCCCUGUUGAACUUUUGUUGCAUUCAUAUAGAAGGGAAAUAAUUUUUAGGGUAAAGUACUAGUAAUUCAUGUUUGAGUUAAGUUUUA